GUCUGAGCACCGGAUGCGCACCCUUCCCUUCCUCUCCGCCGGGCGCCGUGUCUUCCUUCCGGCUUGUUGAAGAAAGUUGAGGGAGGUUCAGCGGUAACUGGGCUUUUACACAAUGGACAGCCAGGGAAGGAAAGUAGUGGUUUGUGACAAUGGAACAGGGUUUGUAAAGUGUGGCUAUGCAGGCUCAAACUUUCCUGAGCACAUCUUCCCUGCGCUUGUUGGAAGGCCCAUCAUCCGCUCCACCGCCAAAGUUGGAAAUAUUGAGAUUAAGGACCUUAUGGUUGGAGAUGAGGCUAGCGAACUCCGUUCCAUGCUCGAAGUCAACUACCCCAUGGAAAAUGGUAUUGUUAGAAACUGGGAUGACAUGAAACACUUGUGGGACUACACAUUUGGCCCAGAGAAGCUCAACAUUGACUCACGCAACUGCAAGAUCCUUCUCACUGAGCCUCCCAUGAAUCCCACUAAGAACAGGGAGAAGAUCAUUGAGGUAAUGUUUGAGACCUACCAGUUUACGGGAGUCUACAUUGCUAUCCAAGCUGUGUUGACAUUGUACGCUCAAGGGCUGCUCACUGGAGUGGUGGUGGACUCCGGGGAUGGAGUGACACACAUCUGUCCAGUGUACGAGGGCUUCAGUCUGCCACACUUAACAAGACGUUUGGACAUUGCAGGCAGAGACAUUACUCGCUACCUCAUCAAGUUGUUGUUGCUGAGAGGGUACGCCUUUAACCACUCUGCAGACUUUGAGACGGUGCGAAUGAUGAAGGAAAAGCUGUGCUAUGUUGGUUAUAACAUCGAACAGGAGCAGAAGCUCGCUCUGGAGACCACUGUCCUAGUAGAGUCAUACACGCUGCCAGAUGGCCGUGUGAUCAAGGUGGGAGGAGAGCGCUUCGAGGCUCCUGAGGCACUGUUCCAGCCUCACCUCAUCAAUGUGGAGGGUGUCGGUGUGGCCGAGCUCCUCUUUAACACCAUCCAAGCUGCCGACAUAGACACUAGGUCUGAGUUUUACAAACAUAUUGUGUUGUCGGGAGGAUCCACCAUGUACCCCGGCUUGCCCUCACGACUCGAGAGGGAGCUCAAGCAGCUUUACCUGGAGCGUGUGCUCAAAGGAGAUGUAGACAAGCUUUCAAAAUUCAAGAUCCGAAUCGAGGACCCUCCGAGGCGAAAGCACAUGGUGUUCCUGGGGGGAGCUGUGCUGGCCGACAUCAUGAAGGACAAGGACAACUUCUGGCUCACCCGAGAAGAGUAUCAGGAGAAGGGAAUGCGCGUGCUGGAGAAACUCGGAGUCACCGUCAGAUAAAGCAGUGGAUGGACAGACCAUACAGCCACACACCUACAAUACACACACACGCACACAUCACAUUUCACCUUACAACCAUUGCAGAGUAUAUAUCUACCUACCCCCCCAUGUUGGGCUCAGAGUGUCCCCCUAACAGUGGUGGGAACAUGGCCUUCACCUCCCUGCAUCUCGCAUCUUUCCUGUCUCCCCUCUGUCCUGGUCGGGGAUUGGCUCACGCUUCCCUCGCAAGCCCUGAAAACCAUCCUCCAUGUUUGCCGAUCACACUCAAGCCUCUUACUUUCUUUUUAGUAGGUUUAGAAGGGCUAAGGUUGCCCUGCUGAUGUAAUUUGGAGUCGGAAUUAUUUAUGUGUGUUGUAGUGGUGAUGGUUAAAACCAGGAAGUUAAGUUGGAUGUUCACUCUGCAUGUUUGCUUACCACUUACACAAGCAGACAACCAUUAUUUGUUUAGUAAAAAGAAAAAAAAAACAUUUUGGUGGUAAACAGCAGAUGCACCAACCACUGCAUUAUAAGAAAGUUAAGUUUAAAUCUUUAAAUAAAAAUAAAAUUGUGGAGUGGAUUAAUUAAUGAAGAGUUCUAAGGAAAUGUUAUAAGAUCACAAUCAGGGUCCACAUGAAACAGCCACGGGCCGCAGUCAGCGUCUGUUCAAGUGUGCUGAUCACAUUUUUAUGUCGUUUUUUAUAAAUGAUAUCAUGAAUUUUCUGUGGGAGGGGUUCCUCUUAUUUGCUUUCUUUUGGGUGUAUGAGUUUAUAUCUUUCAAUUGAUUUUUUUUCCAUGACUUUGUGUUGCUGUGCACUAUUACCAUUGUAAAUGGAGUUCAUUUAUGUAACGAGUUCCUCCAGGUUUUUUAAUGAACGAUUGUUAAUUUCGAUAAGGGACAUAUGCACAAAGUAAAUCCCUGAACUUGACAACAGCUGUGUGACGGUACUUCAGGUUUGGGGGGGGUGUGCUUUUUUCACUUAGUUCCUUUGCUUUGCUUCUGCCUCCUCUGGGUUGAAUACUGAACAUGGGUGCAAACACUUCUUGCCUCUUAAGUCACACAAUAUGGCACCUCUGUAGUUAUCCACCUAUCUAAUAUCUUCAGAUCUACCAAAGCAUGGAGGCAGAUAACUGUUUAAAGAGUUUAAACUAUACAAUUUGAACAAGUAAUGCCACAAAACAGUAUUCUCAUGUAUCAAUACUGUUUUAUUCUGUCACUUAAUUCUGUUUCCCAGUCUUAAAUUCACCAACAGUUGGCAUUAUGCAGACUGGAGGCACUUCUAUUUUGAGUAAAACAAAUAUAUAUUUUUUCCUCUUUCCAUUGAUUGUCUAUCCAGUGCCAAGUGCAGUUAUUGUUAACUGGAUCACUCUGUGUCUAUAUGUCUUUCUAUUUUGUCAUUUUUUAUUUUUCUUGUGUUGUUCAUAGCAUAACUGCCUAACACAACGCUGAUUUAAAUAAAGAAAAGUGAUUUAUAAGGAA